GCACGAGCGCGGUUAUGCCAUGGGUCAGGAGUUCAGGGCCAAGGGUGCUCACAUCGCUCUGAGCCCUGUAGCUGGACCUCUUGGCCGCUCUGCCUAUGCCGGCCGUAACUGGGAAGGCUUUGCUGCUGACCCUUACUUGACUGGUGUCGCCAUGGAGGAGACCAUCACUGGUCACCAAGAUGCUGGUGUUCAGGCUACCGCUAAGCACUUCAUCGCCAACGAGCAGGAGACUGCUCGUAACCCCGUUUACAGCAAGAACGGCACCGUUACCGACACUGAUGUUGCUGCCAUCUCCGCCAACCUCGAUGACCGCACUAUGCACGAGCUCUACCUCUGGCCCUUCGCCAAUGCCGUCAAGGCUAAAGCUGCUUCCUUCAUGUGCAGUUACCAGCGCAUCAACGGCUCGUACGGCUGCCAGAACUCUGCCUCACUAAAUGGUCUGCUCAAAACCGAGCUCGGUUUCCAGGGCUACGUCAUGUCUGAUUGGGGCGCGGUCCAUACUGGUGUGGCUUCAAUUGAAGCCGGUCUCGAUAUGAACAUGCCUGGUGGUCUCGGAAGUUACGGCUCGGCUUUCGGUGUUCCCUCUUACUUUGGUGGUAACGUCACGCUCGCUGUCAACAACGGUACUCUCGAUGUCACUCGUGUCGAUGACAUGAUCGUCCGUAUCAUGACCCCUUACUACUGGCUCGGCCAGGACAAGGACUACCCCACCAUCGAUCCCAGCACCCCCGACCUCAACACAUUCUCUCCCAUCAGCACCUGGACCCGCGAGUUCAACUUGACUGGCGAGUCCAGCCGCGAUGUUCGUGGUGACCACAGCAAGCUCAUCCGCAAGCACGGUGCGGCGGGCACUGUUCUCCUCAAGAACAAUGGUGCUCUGCCCCUCAACAGCCCUCGCAACAUUGCUAUCUUCGGUAACGAUGCUUCUGAGCCCAGCAAGCAGUUGAACCAGAACAACUACGAGUUUGGAACUCUCCUUGCUGGUGGUGGAUCCGGUACUGGUCAGGUUUCCUCCCUCGUCACUCCUCUGCAGGCCAUCAAGGAGCGCUCUGCACAGAACGGCACCAAGCUCGUCCAGUAUUUCCUCAACAACACUGAGAUAGUUGAGAGUGACCUCGAUGACCUUUGGAUCGGCGAGCUCCCCAAUGUCUGCAUUGUCAUGCUCAAGACCUGGGCCGAGGAGGCUGCUGAUCGUGACCAUUUGGACGUUGACUGGGACGGCAACGCAGUCGUCGAGAACGUUGCCUCCAAGUGCAACAAUACCAUUGUCGUCACUCACUCCUCUGGUAUCAACACCCUUCCCUGGGCCGAUCACGAGAACGUCACUGCCAUCCUUGCCGCCCACUACCCCGGCGAGCAGUCCGGCUACUCGCUGACUGAUAUCCUCUACGGCGACGUCAACCCUAGCGGUCACCUGCCCUACACCAUCGCUUUCAACGGCUCCGAUUACAAUGCCCCUCCCACUACCGCCAUCAACACCACUGGAUACUUUGAUUGGCAAUCCUGGUUCGACGAGAAGCUUGAGAUUGACUACCGCCACUUCGAUGCGCAAAACAUCUCCGUCCGCUACGAGUUCGGUUUCGGUCUCUCCUACACUACCUUCAACAUCUCAGAUGUUAAGGCCGAGGCUCUCGAGACCAACAUCACCGCCCACCCCGAGGAGCGCAAGGUCAUGCCCGGUGGCAACCCUGCUCUCUGGGAGUCCAUUUACAACGUCACUAUCUCGCUCACCAACUCCGGCAAGUUCGCCGGUGCUGGUGUUCCUCAGCUGUACGUCGGCUUCCCCGAGAGCACACCCGCUGGCACUCCUCCUAAGCAACUCCGUGGCUUUGAGAAGGUCUACCUUGAGGCCGGUGAGACCAGUACUGUUGCUUUCGAGCUCAUGCGCCGUGAUCUGUCCUACUGGGACAUCAUUAGCCAGCAGUGGGUCAUCCCCGAGGGCGAGUUCUCGCUCUACCUUGGCUUCAGCAGCAGGGAUAUUGUUGAGACCCACAAGGUCACUGUUGUUAGUGCUUAAGUCUAUGGGCCUUGGAUGUUAUUAGCGGGUUUACAAUGACUGCAUCAUGAUAUGUAAUGAUUAGUGAUAUAUAAUGAAUACGAAC